AUGCCCGAAAAAUUAUUGACUACUACGAGUUGCUCGGAGAAAACAGAAGCACCUAACGCUGUAGAGGUUGAUCCCGGUGAGGAAGAUAGCAAACCACAAGAAACAACGUCAAAAACGCCAGUUGUGGUACCAACAACGGUACCUAAUCUGGCACCAUUUCUACUUCGUCCACCUCUUACAAUGACCCAACUAUUAUACGAGCAACAGAAAGUGAUAUUCGCGCAACAACAGCAACAACAACAAACAACCAGUGCUUCUUCAAAUUCCCUUUCGAAUGGUUUCUCUGCAGCUGCAUUAUCGAAACCUAGCGAAACAGGUUCCUUCCUCAAUUCUCCAUUCGCAAUUUCUGCUCUAACAGCCACAACCACAAGAAGCAAAGUAGUUCAGAGGAGGGACAGCGAUGAUGAACGGCAAAGCAAUAAAGUCGUUGGAAGCGAAUCCUCUGCAGGAACAACCGGCCACAGUAUGAAGCCGUCCGUAUCAAAUGACUUGUUGGGCAUUACUGAUCGACCAUCCUCAUGUUCCAACAGUCCUGAAGAUAAUGGAAAGCGGAAACAGCGCCGAUAUCGGACAACAUUUUCUGCUUAUCAGUUAGACGAGCUGGAAAAAGUAUUUUCAAGGACGCACUAUCCCGAUGUUUUUACCAGAGAAGAAUUAGCACAACGAGUUAUUCUUACCGAAGCAAGAGUUCAGGUCUGGUUCCAAAAUCGACGAGCGAAAUGGAGGAAGCAGGAGAGAACUUCCACAGUACACCCUUACGGACAUACAACUCCGCACCAUGUUCCACGAACUUCACACCCUCUCAUGCAGCCGCCACAUCCGUAUGCACUUCUUGCUGCAGCUGCUGCGCAACAAUCUGCUGAAAGCAGCGCCGACCCAGCUGCAAUCAUGGCUGCGAUGAGCGCACAACACCAAGCAUUAGCAGAAUCGAUGAUGAAUCCGGCUGCAGCGGCAUUCAUGUCAACAACGCCUGCUCUCUUGAAUGCUACCACUCUAACACCCACUCCAUUGAAAGAUGUAACCGAACCGCUUCGUCGUUCUUCGCCGGUUGCAGCUACUGCUAGUUUAAAUAACGAACCGAAUAUGACGAAUUCGGAUGGAGCCAGUACAUCCACUCCGGUAAGCACGAUUGCAUCCUCUGUAAGUCCGGAAGUUGAGCGCUCAAAACCAAUGGGAAGUGUCAAUCCAGCGAUCUCCUUAACCAAGUUGCCUACAUUUGUUCCAGCAAUAAGUACCACCAAUGGUGCUGCUACAACUGCUGGAACCGAUUUGACGUCCUUUGUGCUUAGCGGUUAUCAACAACAGCUUGCAGCCGCCAAUUACAUGCAGCAUUUACAACGGAUGAUUGCUAUGGAAAAUCUGUCCAAACAGUAUUCAGGAAUAUGGCCCGGAACUGCUGCUACUACGACACCGUUGAUUGGUGUCACUGCCGCAAGCGGAGGUUCAUGGUCCGAAACGCAGCAUGUGUUUGGAUCACUGAUAAGCAGUGGUGCGGCUAUAACAGGCACUACAAAGUCACCGGUUAAUUUGACGAAUCCAAAGGAUGAGUCAAAAAAAUAG